AUCAUCAGCUGUUGCGAGCGGCGAGCUGCGAGCAGAAAUUUCGUGCGCAGCGCCGUUUAGUGUAUAGCGUGGCUUUCGAUCAGUUCGGUUCGGUUAUGCCCUGCCCCGGCAAUCCACUGAUGGGCCGUUGUUAUUGUCUACGGUGGCUGCCAAUUCGCAACUGGGGUGUCAGUCUGCGCGCUGCUUUAUUCCGCACAAGCACCACGGUGCCUGCAACACGAGACGCGAACAUACCAGAAUAAAGGGAACUCCAGGGAGCCUGGAUCGUUUGCCGGUUGCGCUUGUUUUGGAUGGACUGAUUUCCGCCGUGUGCCAGUUUUGUUGUGUUAUCAGCGAAUAAAGAAAAAACGGGAUUUCUAUUUGCAACGGUACAUAACAAUUCGUUUUAAGUGCAGCAUAUUCGGAAGUGCGCCUGCUGGAAGUCUGUGUGUUGCAACGAUUUGGUGCAGUGAGAAUUGAGUUGCGUGAGUUGAGCUUUUUUCGUGCGCUCGUGCUUGUGGUUUGUGCGUCUGUACUCAUGUGUGCUUUCGUUGGUCAUAAUUCCUGGCAUUUAAAUCCCAUUCCGUGUGCCCUAUUGCCAGAAUGUGUGUGAUGAUCGAAUGAUUUCAACGCGAGCAUACUCAUUGCAAGAGCUUGAAACCGCUUACGGAAGUGCGAUACGGCCAGCAGUGACGAAGAGCGGCUACGCAAAGAAAAAAGUGUCGUACAGUGUUCGUGACUUUCGCAAAAACGGCGACAAUAUCUGUUCACCGCCACGCAUCUUCUCCAUCCAUGCGCAAGUUGUCGGGCAGUUCCGCAUCCGAUACACCCGUCCGGGGUUGAGCUGAGCGGGUUCCUCCAAGCGGGAACAUGAACUUUGUGAAACCGUACAAAGGUAUCUGCUUCAUUUUUUUGGGAUUACUAUCAGCACUAAAAUGUCAGUCAUUAGAAAGCGAAGACUUGCAUCACCUGUCGGAUCGUGAAAAAGUGGAAGCGCUAGUAAAACAAUGGGCACCGCUGGUAUGGUUGGCACCGAACGAAAAAUACAUGCCCGGCGAUGUGUCCAAGUUUCUCGAGCAUGUGCACGCGGAGGAGGCGAAAGUGGUGACAGUGUAUCCGGGCAGCGAAAUUACGGAGCUCGACGAUCUCAAACACUACGACGAUGGGAUGACCAACGAGCUGUCGUACUACGAUCCGGUGGAUCAGCGGCAAGGGCGCUUUCGCAACAAGCGCAACUUUAAGGAUCCUUCCGUUUCGUUGGACCUGCUGUUCGACUUUCCGAUCGGGAAUGAGUCGAAAAGCUGGUACCUGGUGACCAACAACGACAUCGAUGAGCUGAUCACGCAGAAGGACUCGUUCUUGCACGGACAGAACCCCCUGGAGGAAAAUGUGCCAAUUUACGCGGUGAUCAGCAUGUGCCGGCACUCGCAGUCGGAAAUGUCCCGCAAGCCACCGGACGCCGGUGUACCAUUCGCACCGCAGCCAACAACAACAACUGCGUAUCCGCUGCCGUCCACACACCUGCUUCACGUUAAAAAUAAUCAAGAAAACGAGGUAGCGUACACAGCAAAUGAUCGUCCACAGUACAAGCGGAACCCGUACGCUCCGACGCCGAAAAACAUUUUCGAGCUACAGCCCAACUUGCGCCAGACGAUGAACAAGGUAGAAAAAAGCAUUCGUCUGAUUCGCAGAAAACGAGACGCACCGGUAGAGUCCACCACACGCCAGGGUCAAACGUCCUCUGAUAGUACCGAUACACCGGCACAGCAAGAUGCAGACGACAUCACCAUGGGACGGAAGGUUACUAUCGAUUCCGAUGAUGGAACCGGUAAGCACAAUUUGAACUCCAACGCGGAUGAUUCCGUUGAAAGCGUCCAGCGAAGCGAAGAGAAUGAGGAAUGGGAAACCAUCACCGAACGGCGGCACGAUACGGAACGAUAUCGCGAGGAAGUGUCCCACGAUUAUCCCCACUUUCACGUUACGUAUUGGAUGUUCUAUCCCUACAGUCAGGGUAAAAUAAUGUGUACCAUUGACCUGGGGCCGUUCGGUCCGUGGCCGAUACCUCUAAUCUUUGGCAUGUGUCUUGGUACGAAGAAAGAGUUCGGCAGCCAUGUUGGCGACUGGGAGCACAUGAGUCUCUUUUUCCGCGGCAGAAAGGAACCAGAUGAAAUGUACGUAUCGGCCCAUGAUGCAGGAGCAUUCUAUUCGUACGAAAGGCUAACGGGCACGUUCGAGUACCAUAGUCAGGAAACGAGAAAAGGAAUUCUUCAACAGCCAACCUUCCCCAAAACGGUCGUUACGUCCAGCAAUCAUCCCGUGCUUUUCGCAGCGGAAGGUUCCCAUGGGCUGUGGACGGCGCCCGGAAAGCACAAAUUCGUGCGCGUUCCCCGUCUCUACGACAUCAAUGGAUUCGGUAUGCCAUGGUCAACGUGGCGGAACGUGCAGGUCAUCUACGAGAAUGGGCCCCAAGGACGCAGCGCACUGCAACCGAAAUGGAUGAAGUUCAACGGACGAUGGGGCAAUCCGAAGACGAAAUGCCAUCCACUGAAACGGAUCGGUUUGCACAUCUGUGAGCUAACCGACGGUCCCACAGGAAUCCCGCGCAAAAAACAUCACUUUAAAUGUAAAGCAUGACACCGGGCCAACCAUACCGACCAACGGAAAACACCUACUGACGCGUCCCCAAAACCAUAAAGCAUGAUUGCAUACCAGUUCCUGGGAGUUUACGGCAACCCCUAUCCCACCCUUCUUGCACGCUAGUAUGCGGGGAGUUCGCAUAGAAUAACUAUUUAUUUGUCCACUCUAUUUAUUACGACUCGUGGAAAACGCACGGGUCUCUUGCUGUUUUUUUAUUUUUAUUUUGUUUUUAAAGAUCGCUUUUGCUUCUCGUCAUACCGCGUAAAGAGUAAAAAUUGAUUGAGCACAGGUCUGAUUGAUAAUCGCUGCUUGUUUUACGAUCAAAUGCGUAUUGCAGUCUGUUGUACAUAGCGAGUUGUUUCAUUGGUCUGUUAACAUUUAUGUGCCCUAUGAUAAUGUAAAUAAAAUUUUAAAAUUA